AACCCAUGACAGAAGCACUCAGGCGCGGUAGUGGCUAACAAGUCGAGUGCUGGUAAACACUCUACACAGCCGAGCAGUUGUGUGAAGUUAAUUUUUAACCUUCCAGACUUUAUUAUUAGCCCAGCGUGUCACCGCUGGGCUGAGAGGAGAGCCAACCAUCACCGACUGAAGCCCGUGAAGUAACGUUAAUAAACGUAUAAACGUCGCCAGCUAACAGUUAGCAAACAGACAGACGUCCCCGAGGACUGAAGCUUUAAUAUUUCCAGCCAGCUUUUUAUUUUCCUCCGUGAGCCGCUCAGACAGCCUGCCGGGAGACCACCAGCGAAACAAAGAUGUUGGGCCAGAUUCCUGUGGAUUGAGCCUACAGAGGGUGCCCACACUAGUGGAUGAGUAACUCCCCAUCUGGUCCAGUGGAGCAAUAUGCAGUCAUCACAGCAGCGCUGACGGGCCUGACUCUGGUUUAACACGACCAUGGAGUCCUCCUCCGAGUCCCAGCAGGAGCCUGAAAAACCUUUGCACCAUGCAGAGUUGAGAGAACACCAUGCCACCUCCGCUGCCAUAGUGUGCGGGGAUGACACCGUGCUUCUGACCCCAGGCAGGAUGAGCCAGCGCCAGGUGAAGGAGCGGGACAAGGAGAGGGAGAAGGAGGCGGGCCUCCAGACCCCCAACAGGGAACACGUUGCCACCCCCUCCACCCUGAGCCCGGGGGUCAGCUACAGCCAUGGUUUCGAGAGGGGAAAGGAGGACCUCUUGCCUCUGCCUUUGAAAGAAGACUCACAUUCCAUAUCUAAGAGCAAGUCUGAAACAAAGCUGUACAAUGGCUCAGACAAGGAUGUGUCAGCGUCUGGAGGAAAGCUCACCAAGAAGGAGUCCCUCAAGGUGCAGAAAAAGAACUACAGGGAAGAGAAGAAGAGGGCAACCAAGGAGCUGCUCAGCACCAUCACUGAUCCUUCUGUCAUCGUCAUGGCCGACUGGCUAAAGAUCCGUGGCACUCUGAAGAGCUGGACCAAGCUGUGGUGUGUGCUGAAACCAGGCGUCCUGCUCAUCUAUAAAACCCACAAAAAUGGACAGUGGGUGGGAACGGUGCUGCUCAAUGCCUGUGAGCUGAUCGAGAGACCCUCCAAGAAGGACGGCUUCUGUUUCAAGCUCUUUCACCCACUGGAACAGUCCAUAUGGGCUGUCAAGGGACCUAAAGGAGAAGCGGUGGGCUCCAUCACGCAGCCGUUACCCAGCAGCCACCUCAUCUUCCGUGCUGCCUCUGAGUCUGAUGGCCGAUGCUGGAUGGAUGCCUUAGAGCUGGCCCUGAAGUGCUCCAGUCUGCUGAAGAGAACCAUGAUCCGCGAGGGGAAAGAGGACAUGAGCACAGUUACCAGCGGUGGAGAACACUCCAUUAAUUUCUACAGCCUCCUCCGAGCUCACAACAUGCAUGGUUUCCAGUUCAAUGACAGUGACCAUUUAAAAGACCCGGAUCUGUACUCGGACAAGUCAGACCGGGAAGGAGAGCAGGACCAUGAGGAGUCAGACCCAGAAGGCCUGGAGAAGAGCGAGGAGAGCGACAGCGACACAUCAGAGCGCCAAGAUGACUCGUACAUCGACCUGGACCCCAACGAACAUCUGCGGGAAACCCCAUACCUGGAACAGUCCCACGAGGAGUUGGGAGAGGCUGGUGAGGCUGCCCAGACAGAAACCGUAUCAGAGGAGAAUAAAUCUCUGAUCUGGACCUUGCUGAAGCAGGUCCGACCUGGCAUGGAUCUGUCCAAGGUUGUACUGCCCACUUUCAUCCUGGAGCCAAGAUCCUUCCUGGAUAAACUCUCCGACUACUACUACCAUGCAGACUUCCUGUCAGAAGCUGCAAUUGAAGAGAAUGCCUACAACCGGAUGAAGAAAGUGGUCAAGUGGUACAUAUCUGGAUUUUACAAAAAGCCAAAGGGGUUGAAGAAGCCUUACAACCCCAUUAUUGGAGAGACGUUCCGCUGCAUGUGGCUCCAUCAGAAGACCAACAGCAAGACGUUCUACAUCGCAGAACAGGUAUCCCAUCAUCCUCCAGUGUCAGCCUUCUAUGUCAGCAACAGGAAGGACGGGUUCUGUCUCAGCGGCAGCAUCCUGGCCAAGUCCAAGUUCUAUGGAAACUCGCUGUCGGCCAUUUUAGACGGGGAGGCUCGGCUCACUUUUCUCAACCGAGGGGAGGACUAUGUGAUGAACAUGCCCUACGCUCACUGUAAAGGAAUCCUGUAUGGAACCAUGACCCUGGAGCUGGGUGGUCAGAUCACCAUUGCGUGUGAGAAAACGGGCUACAGUGCUCAGCUGGAGUUCAAACUGAAGCCUUUCCUGGGCAGCAGUGACAGUGUCAAUCAGGUUUCUGGAAAGAUCAAGCUGGGAAAAGAGGUGUUAGCGACGCUAGAAGGACACUGGGACAGCGAGAUCUUCAUCAACGACAAAAAGACGGGAACGAUGGACACUUUCUGGAACCCCACUCCGGAUCUGAGGCAGAGCCGGCUGACCCGCUGCACUGUCCCUCCAGAGGAGCAGGGGGAGUACGAGUCAGAAAGACUGUGGCAGCAUGUGACACGGGCCAUCAACAACAAGGACCAAACCGAAGCCACCAAUGAGAAGUUCAUCCUGGAGGAAGCUCAGAGGAAGUCUGCCCGCGAGCGGAAAGCCAAGUGCGAGGAGUGGAUCCCCGCCCUGUUCGAGCAGGACUCUGUCACCGGAGAGUGGCAUUACAGAUAUGCCGACACGAGGCCGUGGGAUCCACUCAAUGACUUGAUCCAGUUUGAAAAAGACGGAUGCAUCCAGACCAAGGUCCGACACCGCACCCCUAUGGUACGUUCUGGCAGUCUUAUUAGUCUGAGUAACCAGGGGCCGCGGAGGGACAAUUGCAAGUGCCAGGUAACGGUGCCAAAGAGGAAACACAAGAGCGACAAGCCCAAGAGCCCAGAGAGCGGCUGCUCUUCACCCGAACCCGACCGCCAAGACUCAUCUGGCAGCGAACGACACAAAAGCAAACACAACAGUCGGCUGAGGAAAAAAGGAGCAGACCUCAGUGAACUUCAAAGUGCCAUUGAAUCUAUAAAGCAGACGCAGGAGGACAUUAACAGGAGCAUCAGUGUGCUGCGGAGUCGUGCAGCAGGCCGGGUGGAGGGCAGCUCGUUCCUUCAGCAGCGCGACUACGUCAUCAUCGUUUUCCUCAUCCUCCUUCAGGUCCUGAUCAACUAUAUCUUCAAGUAGCAGCCAUAACCAGAGAGAGAGUGACGCCCUCACACACACACACACACACACACACACACACACAGACAGACACACUCCCUGAACAUUAGGCGUCACGAUGGAGGACUUGAACACGUGAACCACAAUAAGUGACUAUAGCAGUCCCCUCCAACUGUCUUCUUCUCUGUCUUUAUUAAACCCAGUUACAGAAGAGCUGAAGCUUCCAUGCGGAAAGAGACUUUUUAAAAACUGUUAUUUAUUUUGAACCAGUCCAUUCCAAAUCUCUGAGGAGAUCCACAGAUUUCAAAGCGGAGGGGGGCAGCGGUAAGGAGGAGUCGUUGGAGGUGAGAUUUUGAUGUGAUGAAGUCUCAACUGCCACUCCGGAGCUCACUGAUUUGCCUUGAUGUGAGAGGCAAAGACAGCAGCCAUUUUCUAGCUGUUGUUCGUGUUUUUUUUUGUUUUGUUUUGUUUUAUUUUCUGAUGGAGUGAAACUACUCUGUUGAUUCACAUUUCACCUCAACUCACAGGGAACUUUUUAACAGGAAAUAAGGACCAUAACUCAGAUUGUAACACAGAUAAAGUACACCUUUAAUUUUAACGUGGUUUUUUUAUUAAUCCUUUUCUUUCUUUGCUUGGCGUGUCCUUUGUGAAUAGCGGUGUGCUCGGACAAAAACAGAUGAUAAGGGAGAGAAAAACAAAGUGGUCCAUUGUGUGACUUUUAUUUUUUUAUUAUCAGAUACUUUGAUAUAGGCUGGGAAAUCCACACGUGGGAAUAGACAAUGAAGGCAAACAACACAUUGUCAGAAGGAAUAGAAGCUAUAAUUUCUCUUGUAUAAUAAAAACUCCACCUUUUGCAUACAAAGUCAGUGUUUUAAAAAAAAAAAAGUCAGAUGUUUGACACAAUGUCAUUGUAUACUGUAGGUAGCAUGUACAGACAGGAGUGUGGUUAGGACAUUAGCCCUAUGUACAGUAUUUUGCUUUCAGGCACAAAUGCACUGGAAAUGUCCGAUGUUUGUGUUGUUUAUACAGUCAUUAUUUUUAUCACUUCAGCUGGAUGCUCUUAUCAACAGAGGACUGAAAUAAGUGGAUUUUUCAUGAACUCCAGUGAGCACUGCCCUAGGAUUCAGGUAGAAGGAGUGGGUCUGUUUUUAAGCAAGAGUUCAGAGAAAGAAGUGGGGUUUAGACAUUUCAAAACAUGGAUGCUGCAAAGCAGAGUGAUGCUCUUUGUAAACCUUAUUUAGCAUGAAUGGAGUAAUAUAGGGAGUAAGUUUGGUUGCUUUACUGUUGAGAGUUAAAUGAGAAGUUCUGCCAGCUGUCCUGGUACUGUCCAAGGGAACAGAAUUCACCGACCUUCAUCACUAAAGGUCACUUAUUAAAACGUCCUGGUCGAUCUGCACAAAAACCAAAGUGUAAAAGCCACAUAUUUUAAUUUGCUUUGGGAUUAUGUGAGCAGCUGUUUCUGGUCACUGUGAGGUUGCCAUAUAACCAGUGAACACUUAAAGAAGUUCCUAAGAAUUAUUGAAUAACUAAAAAUCCCUAAACUGUAUAUAAGAUGGCCAUAGCACUGGUGGCAUCACCCACUGGUUUGUGGACUACUGUUCUGAAUCUUGAGGUUAGAAUUUUUGAUGCCUCUGUUUGGUAUUUUAAAACUAAACAUCCGUCCAUCUUACUCUAAAUGGAAACAUAAUUUACAAAAAGUACAUCAUGCUGUGUUAAAGAGAGACCAUGAACCCAAUACAGAUUUAACCCUGUAAAACCCACUGUUGCAAAAAUAUAACAUCAGCUUUAUUGUUUUUAUUUAUUUUAUAUGUUUAUGCUCAUUUUUUUCUAUAUUUCUGUUUACAGGUUUAUGCUGAUUAUACAUAAAUAAAUUUCUACCAAUAUUUUUACGUAAUUUAACAAGAAACGUGCAAAUUAUAAAUAAAUAAAUAAAAAGAGCAAAUUAUAAAAUUCAUAUAUAUAUAUAUAUAUAUAGAUGUAAAUAAAAAGAAAUAAAACUGAUGUUGUAUUUUUGCAACAGCGGGUUUUAGAAGGUUAAACACUUCAGCGUUGGCUCUACUUUUCAACCCCAGAUGCUACGUCCAUCUUUCAUAUACAGUAAAGUCACAGCUCUUCUUUUUGGUUUUGUACAGAUUAGACAAGAUCUAACAUGUUGAUUAGUGAGGUCUGGAGGUAGUUGGUUGUUGCUACCUCUGAGCCUUUAUGCUAAGCUAAGGUAAUCAACUCUUGCUUCAUACUUACUGUACAGAGUAGGUGGCAUAAAUCUUAUAAUCUAAGUGAAUUCCUCAAAAUAUACUGGAACUAAUACUUUAAAAUUGACAGUAGAAGAAUGCAGAAAGAGAAGGUUCAGCUGAUCUAGCUGGCUCCGAAUAUAAAAACAGACUUCAGGAAACAUAUUGGUAGAGAAAACUGUUAAAACUCCUGACUGCUGUGCAAUGAAACAAGUCGAAUUCAGAGCAUCAGUCAUCUCUUCCAGUGCUUUUGAGCCUCAGAUGUUAACCAGGAAAACUAGAAUAGACACUUUAGUAAACUACUAGUAAGAGGAGGACAUAGACUCCUAGACUUUUUCUAACUGUCUCCAUAGUGUACCAUUCCAAAUGUACCAGCCAAACUCAGUGUGUAGAGUAGGAGCCGGUCCCUGUUCACUGUGUAAAUAUCCAAUGGGGUAACAGUUUCUUGCGAUUAGCGCAUGGCGUGUCAACACCAAGGUUUGCAAUGCAGACACUCGCUCUGUGCACAAACCACUCUUUCCAACCUUGUGUGUCUUUCUGUCCACUGCUCUGUAGAUACACAUGAACAUGGGGGGGGUAAAAAGAAACUAAUUAGCUGGACACACAAUUAGAUUAGCAUCAAAAUGUAUCCAAAUGGCCUCAAGAUGUUGCAGAAGUUCGGAAAUGUUGUUAGCAUGCAUUGUGGGUGCAAUCUGCUGCCUUCGUUUCUGGGAAUGCUUUGUAAAUUGUCAGAAAUAAUACAUUAAAUAACAGAGGCCACAACUACACAAACCACUGAGGUAAUACUAUGAAAACUUAGACUCAAAUUUUGUCAUUUUAAAGCGGGAUUGUGCUUUUCCAAAGAUGAAGAUUUCAACUGGCAGAGAAGGGUGGAAUGGGAAAUCAAAGGUUGCACACCUCACAAAUCUCAACAACAUAGUGUGUAAAACUGAGAUCAAGACAAAUUACGUAUGUUUGUAGCGACUUCAACACAGGUCCAGCUUUAGGAAUACUUUGCUAAACAAACAUCGGCAAAGUAAAUACUGUAAAUAUUUACAGGGCUACAAGGACUGGGUAGGAUACUGAGAAGAUACACUACUGUUCAAAGGUUUGGGCUCACUUAGAAAUGUCCAUAUUUUUGAAAGAAAAGCAUUUUUUUCCAAUGAAGAUAACAUUAAAUGAAUGAGAAAUCCAGUCUAGACCUUGUUAUUGUGGUAAAUGACUAUUCUAGCUGGAAACGGCAGAUUUUUAAUGGAAUAUCUACUAGGACCCGAUCGAUACGGAUUUUUUGAGGCCGAUGCUGAUUCCGAUAUUUGGCAGGAAAAAAUACAGAUAAGCGAUUAAUCGGCCAAUUAAUUUAAUUUAGGAGUGCAGAGGCCCAUUUCCAACAAACUUCACUCCUGUCUUCUAAUGCUACAUUGUGUUAGCUAAUGGUGUUGAAAGGCCAACUGAUGAUUAGAAAACCCUUGUGUAAUUAUGUUAGCAUGUGAAUAAAAGUGUGAGUUUUCAUGGAAAACAUGAAAUUGUCUGGAUGACCCCAAACUUUUGAACCGUAGUGUAGUUUGGAAACCAGAUUUGUUUUCAACCCAGUAUGAAGGCAGCAUAUUGAACCCAUACCUGAACUUUCUAACAGUCUGUCAGGGGUUUCUCCUGAGGUGCAACUAAGUAAAAAUGAUGCAAUGAAUUUAGGCCAUUUAUAUCUACGUGUAGAUUCUGAAUCAUCCAGGUCAUGGUAAUCCUCAGUGCUACAGUAGAAAGCAGCUGGACUUCUUUUUGGUUCCUCAAGAUGUUUCAUCUCUCAUCUGUGAUGCUUCUUUUGUUCGAAGUGGCUGGUGGCAGCACUUAUCAGCUAGUUACAAUGCAGUUUUGAGGUCCUUCCUCUGGCAGUUUCACCUCUAGUAACAUCUUGAGUCAACCCUUUCAAAGCGGUUUCACAACUAUUCACCCCCCUGAGUCAUGAGAUUUGUGUGACAUUGAGGAUCUGGGACCUCCCUGCCAGUCAUUUAGAACUGAUGAAGCCUCUUGGACGAGAAUUGAAACAUCUUACAGAACCAUAAUUAGAAGCCUAAUUUCCUUCUACUGAAGCACUUAGAAUAGGCCGUUCCUAAAAGUCCAAACCACUUUCGGACUGUAUCUGAACAUUAAUUUUGUAUAUCUCUUCGCCUGUCAUGAUGUUAGCCUUGUCGACGUUUACAUAUCCGAUUGCCUCCGCCGUCAGCAGACUGUUACACGAUGAAAACAUUUGUAACGCCAACACAGGUAUAAAGAAGGACUGGUAGCAUUGGCGGGAGCCAGCUGUACCCCCGUAAGUUACCCGGCUGGCCCGUGUGUAUCUGUACGUGUGUUUUCGUGCAUCCUCAUUGCCUCAAUUGCUCAUCUUAAAUAGAGAAUCCAGAUGUUCGAAUGUGGAGAAAUAAGAAUAUACCAGUGCCUUCUAGAGUCGGACUGGGGAGGGGUAGAGAAGGGGUUUAGCGGAGGUGAAAGGAGGCCAGCAGUGAUGUGGGGGUGCUGGGUGUGGAGCUUACAGACAUAGCCAGAGUCCAGGUCUUAAGGUGGACUCCUAAAGGAGGGGUGAUGAUGUGGUGGGAGGCGGGCGGGGGAGGACUGUGGGACUCUGGCUGCAGCUGUAGUCUGUAGCGUUUUAGAGUGGACGUGCCAUACGAAGCCUUAGAAAACGAGUCUGACUCCAACUCCACAGGCCGCCACCACACCCAGCUCCUGCCUCCCGCUCCUGAAGCGUCGCCAUAGUAACGCACCCGUAGGUUUCCGGAUGCUGAUUCCUGCCACAAGAGAAAGAGAGCGGGGGGGAGAGAGAGAGAGAGACCUCUCCUCUCCAUCGUCGUCCUCUCUCGUUCUCUCACACACCAAAUUCAGAGGGAAACAAACGUCUCUGCUCUCUGUUGUUGCUGUGUCUGUAAAAUAACAUUUUAUUUAUUCCUCUUUUUCUAUGUGGUUUUAUGUUCAUUUUUUUUCUCCUGCUCGUAGCUUUAGAUCACUGUUCUCCUUUCUUGUUCGUUUUUUUUUCAGAAAUGAUUUUAAAUCCAGUCAGUUUUCUUCCACUCCUUGACAUCACACACAAGUGACUGUCUUCAACUUGUACACACUGUCAAUGUUAACCCCCCUCUUCAGUCCCUCCUCCACACACACACACACACACACACACACACACACACACACACACACACACACACACACACACACACACCCUUUUUCAUAUAAGAGUACCUGAAUAUAUUUACUGUAUCUCCAUGGCAACUAUAACUUCCUGGAAGUUUAUGGUCACAUGUAACUUAACACAGAAUAAAAACAAAUGACAUACUCA